CCCAACUAACCCCAGCCUCGAUCUGGACCUGCGCUCUGAAUUCUCCCUCGCAUUGGCUACCCUGCCGCACUUCUUUCUUCCUGCUAUUCUUCUAUCACCCCCGCCAACUCCACUCUUUCCCUCCUCUACUCUUGCAUCUGUUUUGCUCUCUAGAACAGCACAAUGUCAGACUUUGCGGAAUUGCCGGACGUGGAGCCUGUGAGCAUGCUCACCGGGGUCACAACCCCUUUGCUACAAGGCCUCGAGCCCUUAUCGUCUUCUUUCACUUCGCGUCGUCGCCAUUCCUUCCAUUCCCACUCCAAGAAGUCUUCUUUUGACUCUGAGUCUAUUGAGGAGCUUGCGUUGUUGAAGCUCGAUCUAUUCCUCAGUCACCUCGAACAACGUCUCGAAGCGCUCGAAUCCUAUGGCUCCACCAAACUCAACCAGCUAGACGCAGGUCUCUCAAUCACAUACCAGACCCUUCUCUCCGUGCGUGAGUCUUGUGGCCGUCUGGGAGGCGAGGUCAUUGGCGAGAGCUGGCGUCGUGGAGAGGCCAUUGUUUCAAUCCUCGAGAAGCAGUACACCGAGUCUUGGGUUGCUCGGGGAUCUCUGCCGUCAAAAGUCAGCGCAGGCUUGCGGUUUCUGGAGCAGAAGCUUGCUGAUUUAGAAGUUCAGUGCUACAGCUCUCUCAACGAGACUAUGAAAGAUGUGGAUUCUAAAAUCAACGAGCGGGUGGAUGCUAUCGAUAGAAGUAUUGAAGCUGCGCUGCGGAUUGCGCGAGAGAGACUAAUCACAUACGAGGAAUUGCCCGCUGGAUGGCGUGAGAACCCCUACAUCUGCCGGGGAUAUCGAUUCUGCGCAACGUAUUCAGAGUGCGUUGUCAGUAUGUUCAAGGUUCAUAACGAGACCUGCAACAUAUGGACUCACAUCAUUGGAUUCGUGAUGAUGCUCACGAUUGCGCUCUACUAUUAUCCCGCAACCCCUCUGUUUGCGACGAUGACAACAUACGACAAAGUCGUCUUUGGCAUCUUUUUGUUUGCAGCGCUAAAGUGUCUUCUCACGUCGACUAUUUGGCACACUUUUAACAGUAUCGGAGUUUUGGAGCACAAGCAGAAAUUUGCAUGUGUGGACUACACCGGUAUUUCAAUCCUUAUUGCAUGCUCAAUCAUGACGACCCAGUAUACGUCUUUCUACUGCCAGCCCACGAUGCGUAUGAUCUACAUGGGUGCGACUGCAAUUCUGGGACUUAUCGGGGUCGUGAUGGCGUGGCAGCCGUUCUUCGACAAGCCAGAGAACAGGUGGCUGCGCGCAACAUUUUUUGUGUGUCUUGCACUGUCUAGCGGGCUCGUGCUUGUCCAGCUCUCGUUCGAGCGAGGACUGAUAAACACUCUGUCAUUCUACUUUCCAGUGUUGAAGAGCCUGUUGUGCUAUGGCGCCGGCGUGCUUGCCUACGGUUUCCUGUUUCCCGAGUGUCUUUGCCCCGGUGGUAUUUUUGACUGGAUUGGCGCGUCGCACAACCUGUGGCAUAUUGCGGUUGUCGGUGGAAUCUACUACCACUACACGGCCACGCACCAGUUCUUGACCAAUGCGAACGAGUUCAGCUGUGCAGCGAGAUGAUGCAGCAAGAUAUAAAAGAGGUGAGAGAAUAGCUGAAUGUGAUUUUCCACCUCACUCGAGACGAGCGAGAACGGUCUCAUGGAAUUUGUUUGGGUUAUAUUUUGAUACAUAUUUACACGGGGAGUACUUUCUACAUUUGUUUUUAUUUUUGGUAAACUCGCAAGAUCGCGAUACAAAACUUGCAUUUAUUUCAUUUAUUGGUGUUUUAUUGGAUUCUUUUCAUCUUUUUUUUUUCAUUUUGUUCUCGCUUUUAUGAAUUUAUGAGUGACUCGUACAUUGGAUGUGAAUCAAGGCUUGUGACAGUCUUGUGUUGACUCAAACAAUACAACCAAUCUGAUAAUUUAGAUUCCUUUACAUUCACAAUAAAUUCCAUCUUAUUUCUCUAUUCAAUUGCUGUCUACCGCCUCUUGUAUGAAACAUGAUAUUCACAUGAUAUCAGACAU